AUGGCUUUCUCUUGUCAUGGAAUAAAAGCUUAGAAAAACAUUUUUUCUUAAAAAAAGUUAAUCACUAUUCCAACUAUUUAAACAAUUGGAUCUAGAGAUCCUUUACAAUUAGAAUCAAUUAUAUAAUCAAGUGAAUUUCUAAAUCCAAUAAUUAUUUACACAGAUGCAAGUAAAUAGAUAUUCUAAUUAUAGCACAUAGAGUUCCUAUAUUUUCAUUUGAAUAACUUAAGAAAAUCUAGAAAUUUGUACAAUUAGCCUUAGAAUAACCGAAAUUAUGA